CCGUAUCCAUCGCGUCGCCGGCCGCCGAACACACACCUUGGCCCCUGGAAAGUCUCCUGAAGCCCCCACGAACGAGCUAAACCCUCGCCGCCGCCGCCAUGGCCGACGAGCUCGACGAGCUGAUCGGUUUCCUCUCGGACCGCAACCCGCAGGUGCGGAGCGCGGCCGUGGACAUCGUGCGUGGGCUCACGGGCGGGGAGGACGGCCUCCGGGCGCUCACGGCGCGCGCCGACCGCGCGCUGCCGGCGCUGCUCCGCCUGCUGGCCUCCGCGGCGGGGAGCGGCGCGGGGGAGGCCGCGGCGGACUCGCUCGUCAACCUCAGCCAGGACGCCGCCCUCGCCACCCGCCUCGUCGCGCUCGGCGCCGUCGACGCCGCCAUGGACGUCGUCGCCAGGCGCGGCGGGGAGCAGCCGGCGCUCGCGCGCAGCCUCGUCAUGCUGCUCGUCAACCUCACCCACGUCGCGUCCGGCGUCGCCGCGCUCCUCCAGGUUGGGGAUGAAAAGGUGCAAGGAUUGUAUGUUGCAAAGCUUGUGCGAUCAUUCUGUAGGUCAUCCAGUGACUCCGAAGAGCAAGACACGUUUGAAUAUGUUGCCUCCAUACUUGUCAAUAUAUCUAAGGUUGAAGCUGGAAGGAGAAUAUUGAUGGAACCUAAGAGAGGUCUUCUGAAGCAGAUUAUUCGACAAUUUGAUUCAACAAACCAACUUAGAAAGAAAGGGGUUGCUGGUACAAUCCGAAACUGUUGCUUUGAAGCUGAUACUCAGCUGCAGAAUUUGCUUUCUUUAGCAGAAUAUCUUUGGCCAGCUCUGCUUUUGCCGGUAGCUGGAAAGAAGAUAUAUAGUGAAGAAGACAGAUCGAAAAUGCCACUUGAGCUAUCAAGUGCACUCUCUCAUGAACGAGAAGCUGUUGAGGAUUCUGAAAUUCGGCAACAGACACUGGAGGCUAUUUAUAUGAUCGUAUUGCAGGAUGAUGGUCGAAGGUCCUUUUGGUCAGUUAAUGGGCCAAGAAUUCUGCAGGUUGGUUAUGAAGAUGAAGAUGACCCGAAAGUGAUGGAAGCAUAUGAACUGAUUGGUUCCUUGCUUGUUGGGAAGGGUGAAGGUGAACAAGAGCAAGGAGGAGAGAAGCCUCAAUGACCCCACCCCUGGGAGGAAAAAAUGGUGUUGUAUUUUUGUUUAUUCCUACUUGUCUUGUUGCAACUGCAAAAGCUACGUGAUGUGGCUUCUGAAUUGACAAAUGUAUGUGGAAAAUUUUGCGCAUACUGGCCGUCUUUUACAUGGUUUCGAGUUGCUCAGUUUUUCACACCA